AAUUAUGUAUAAAAUGGGGAAAUAUGCAAAAUAAUCGAGAGCACGUUUGAUUAACUCCGACUUUAUCGGUAAAUUAGCGAUGGACCGUCUCUCAUCACGGGCACUGAUAUGAUCAUUAUUUUCGUACAUGCGCCCAUGUAACACCUCCGCUUUUCCAAUUUCCCAGCUCACUCAGCAUUUCCCGACGCGACUGAAGUGAAUAUAUACUAUUAGGUUUUCUAAAAAGUCUAAUUUUUUUAUCUGGUUCAUAUUUUUGUAAAUAGCAAAAUGUGUAGUUCGGUAUAUUGCCGUGAAUGAUCUGAAUUAACGUCAUAAUCAGCGUAUUUCCAUUAUUAUCUUCGUUUUUCUCUUUUACUCGAAAAGGUUGUAACUUUUGCUCAACAGAUGCCGGACAACCUUCUUAUACCUAUAAACUACAUAGUAAUGGCGGAAGCCGAACCCGACCUCAGCACCUUUGAAAAUAAAACAGGUCUAGCCGAAGACAUGAAGUUCCUGGCUUCCAUGCCGGAACUUUGUGACGUCACCUUCCUUGUCGGAGAUACCCGGGAACCCGUUUGUGCCGUGAAAGCUGUCCUUGCUGCCAGAUCCCGAGUCUUCCAUAAAAUGCUAUACCAAGCCCCUAGUCCACAACGUAAGAAGGAUCCUCCACCAAGAGAAAACAAACUCCGCCUAUUUUUGAAGAGAUCUUCUGAACCUCUGCUCAAUCUACAAAAUGCUACACAACAAAGAGGCUUCACCCAGCAGCUGGCUCCUAUCCAAGAGCCCACUUCGCAGCAACAUCAAACACUCAUCAUUGAAGAAUUCGAGCCUGACGUGUUCCGACAACUGAUAGAGUACAUUCACACAGGAUGCGUAACUUUACAACCCAGAACCCUUCUAGGUGUCAUGAAUGCAGCAGACUACUACGGCUUAGAUGAACUACGACGAGCCUGCGCUGGAUUUGUUCAGUGUUGUAUCAACGUGGAUACUGUCUGUGCCCUAUUAGCUUCCGCAGAGAGGUAUAUCCAGUACAAAUGCACAAAAUCUCUUGUUCAGAAGGUUUUAGAAUUUGUUGACGAACAUGGAAAUGAAGUAUUAAAUUUGGGAUCAUUCACUCUUCUACCUCAGCAUGUUGUUAGACUUAUUUUAGCUAGAGAGGAGCUUCAGGCAGAUGAGUUUACAAAAUUUCAAGCAGCACUUAUGUGGGGUAAGAAGUACUGCGACAAUAAUCCCCUUACCAACAUAAAGGAACUUAUUGGAAACUUCCUGGACUAUAUACAAUUUCAUAAAAUUCCGACAAAUGUUCUUAUGAGGGAGAUCUAUCCUUUAGGCUUGUUACCAGACGAUAUUUUUGUAAACGCCCUAGCGUUUCAGGCAGACCCAACAAGUGUCGACCCCGGAAAACUCUCCCCAAAUCGGGUAAGACGACAGGCGCAAGGCCGAUCAAUGUCAGUUCAGAGUUCCGAUCCUUAUGGCUCUAAUACGACCUUGAGCAGCAGCCAAUCCAGCGAACUAGCUUCUUCAGAUGGCAAGCAUUCAUCCAACUAACAUAAGGCCACUGCUGCGCCUCUGCCUCCUCCUUCGAUAUCGGUGUCACCCUCACCCAAGCACUACCCCAUGCAACCACCACCUACUGUUACUGUGAGCUCAUCUUCACCCUCCUCAACUCCACAAUCAUCUCCUGCUCAUUCUUUUACGUUUACGAUUGUUUUGAAAAAGGUAACGCCCAAAGAAACACACUUUUCCUGAAUAAAUGAGUAUUUAUUUUAGAAAAGUUUUUUCUAAAAUAAAUUCUAAUGUUCUCAAAAAUUUUAAGGUAUCCGUUUGGAGUGUAAUAAAAGAAAUUAUAUGAUCAUGAGAAAAAAACAAAACUAGGGCAAACAUUCUAAAUUCUAAUAGAUAUUUUACGGAAAAACUUUAACUAAAAUUAAAGAACCUUUGAUUUCAAAAAACAAAUUAAACAAAAAUUUUUUGACAUUACACUCCAUGAUGGACAUCAAUAAAAUCAUUAUAUAUUCAAUCUAGAAGAAAAAGUUCACUAGAUUAUUAAAUUAUCUAUAUGUAUAUGAUAUUUUAUUUGAACAUUUGACAGUUUUUUCUGUUACAUAAAAUUGUGCUAAAUAAAAAUUCUUGGCCUCUUGCUUUCAUUGAUUUAAUGUCGAUACUACACUCACCGGCAAAAUAAACCGCCCAUCUUGUAAGUAGUCCUUUAAAUUUGCAAAAAUUGCCUAUUGUUAAGGGUUGCUUAACAAAAAACCAGUAUUUAAAUAUCUUCGAAAGAAUUCAAACAAACAUAAUUUUGAAAAUUAUAGUCUAAUUAAAAAAAUAUGAGUAUUAAUAAUGAGUGUUGCCGCCUCUGGCCCUUAGGACGUCUUCGAGUUGGUUCGGUAAUCCAUUCGUGCUAUCCUGGAUAUCCGAUUAAGGGAUAAUGUGCCACUCCUCUACCGUAGUCGCCUUGAGCUCUCCGAAGAAUAUAGGGGCUGCUGCUCUUGCUCUUACCCAUUUUUGAGAUUGCCCCAAAUGUGUUUAAUUGGACUAAAAUCGGGACUGCCUGGCGGCCAUGGUAAAACUUAAAUCCCGACCUCCCGAAUCUUUUGGUAUGUCAACGUGCAUUGUUACACAUUAAUCUAAAAUUUUCACCAAUAAACGGUGCAAAAGCAUGAGAUGGUCUUAAAGAACUUCUUUCGCGUAUCUUUGAUCAUUUACACUGCCUCUAUCGAACACAAGAUCAGUACGAGCUUCGUAAGAGAUACUUUCCCAAAUCAUGAAUGGCUCUCCUCGGUAAGACACUGUUUCGGUUGUAGUGCAUGGAGCAAACCCUUCAUUUUGACGCCUUUAGAUACGCCUACGUCCAGCUGGACCUCUUAGGGCUAUUCUGCUCUCAUCUAAGAACAGUAUGUUCUUACAUUCCUCCACAGGCUAAUCAGCUUAUUCUAGCUAAAAUCAAGUCUGGCUCUACGGUGUUGUGGGGGCGACUGUGGGCGCAAGCUGGACGGAAAGUCCUCAAAUAUCUUUCUGUCAGUCUUCUUCUAAUGGUACGUUCACUUAGACUAACGUUUCUCAAAAAGACACCUACGAGCUUCAGGAGCGGUGCAAAAGCGAUUUCUCAUGCUGGCAAUGAAACGAUCAUCUCUAAUUGUAGUACAUCGAUGUCGGCCUUAACCUGGCCUCCAAGUGUAUGAAACUGUCUCCCAAAAAUCGUCUAAUAGCAUUUCGUACAGUAGUUCAGCUCCUACACCCUUCGGAGAGCUCAAGACGGCUGUGAUAGAGGAUUAGCACAAUAUCCCCCAAUUGGAUAUCCAAAAUAUCAUAAGGUUAUAAUGGAUUGCCGAGCCGGCUCCAAGAAGUCCUAAGGGUCAGAAUAGGCAACACCCAUUAUUACUCACAUUAGACUUUUCAAAAUUAUAUUUGUUUGAAUUUUUUUCGAAGAUUUUUAACAUUUGAGUUUAUUACUUGAUAAAGGACUUUUUUCAAUAAUUUUAUUGUUUUCUUUUCCUCAACUGUAGUUUUCACUGUAUCUUUCAUAAAAUGUGAUCCAAAAUUGACAAUUUCUACAAAUUAAAAGAAAUACAAGGUGGACGGUUAAUUAUGCCGGUGAGUAUCUAUUGCCAAUACAACAUAUGAUGUAAGUAAUUGGUAUUUUGCACAUUAUUUAUGUUACAGAUUAGACGAUUAAACGGAUUGAUAUUAGCGGAGAGUGAAUAUUGUAACGAUUCAAAAAUCAUUUAUUUUUUUUAAUUUCGUUUAAUUCAGAGAACAGUGACUUUUAUGCGACCCUGUAUAAGGUUAUAAUUUGCGUUUAAAAAUCUCCAAUAUCUGAGCAACGCGGCCUCAUUCAUUUUGUGUGCCCUAAACACAAACGUGUUGAGUGUUACACAGAUGGCGCCCAACGUGGGUUUAAUAAUAAAUGUUAAGAAUAUUUUUGAAUCGUUACAAUACAAAGAAAACAAAAUAAAUGAUUUAAUAAUCUAGUUUGAACGCCAUAUAAUUUGUUAUAGCAAGCAGAUUUUCGCCAUUGCUGACCAUAACAAAUGUAUCUGUAAUAAUAUUUAUCAAUCAUAUAAAAGAGUUGAAAUAUCAAAAAUAUAUAAAGCAAUAACAAAUUAGCUCAAAAUUACAACGAUCUUAUUGUUACAUAUCUUCUAGAUCGAUUAAUUCUUUAAAUUAUUCCUAUUGGUAUUGGAUUAAAAAUAGGUGGAAUCCAUUUGAGGCCUGUAAAUGUUAAACUUUUUGUAAUAUGCUUUCGCACUCAAAUUAUUUUUUACGAUAUUUUAUUAUUUAGCGUAUGGCAUUUCGACACAUUUGAAAGAUUACAAUAAGCAAUAAAAAAGUUGAUUUAAACUUGAUUCUAAAUAAAAAUACUUAAUCAUAUCUAAUUUACAUGCAAACGUUGAGUUUGUUUACGUAGUUAAUCGACUCUGGCGUCGCAAACAGGAAAUCUUGGUAAAAACUGUCCUCGUAGGUUUGCUGGUGGCACUCCUCCAUUAUGUGCUUGAUUGGACCUCGCCGCAAUUGCAUCACAGGAUGGUAGCUUACUAGAUCGACUCUUGAUCAAAUAUUUACAAUAAGACAAAUGCUUGAAAAGUAUUGGGAAUAUAAUUAGGACGUGCAUCAGAUUUUUAUAGAUUUCAAACAGGCUUAUGAUUCAAUUAAUCGUGCAACAUUAUGGAAGGCAAUGGUCGAGCUCGGCGUACAGAAACUAGCUGCAGUAACACAAAUGUGUGUAAGUAACUCCUUUGCACAAGUUAGAAAAGGAGGGAAAAUAUCAAAAUGCUUUCUGCGUAAAUUCUGGACUGAGACAGGGAGAUCCGUUGUCCCCAUUGUUAUUUAACCUGGCCUUAGAAUAUGUCAUACGAAAAAUGUAUCCAAAAAUCACACCAAUCAUAACUGCUCGGGGAGCAAAAAUCAUACUUGCCUUUGCCGAUUACAUAGACGCAGUAGCACAAUCAACAUUAGAAGUUAAGGAUAUUUUCUCAAGCUUAGAAGAAGCUGCAUUAAACAUAGAUCUAAAACUAAAUGAAGACAAAACAAAAUACAUGGUCGUCUCAAAACAAGAACGACAGCGAAUAAGGCAAAACAUUACUAUAAACGAUCACAACUUCGAAGUGGUUAAAGAAUUUAAAUAUCUAGGAACAACAAUCACAAAUGACAACAAAUUAGAGCGAGAAACGAGAAUAAUGGCAGGAAACAGAUCUUUCUUUGCAAUGCAACAUCUAAUAAAGUCAAAACUUUUUUCACAAGGUGCAAAAAUCCAGAUUUAUAAGACCAUAAUACGACCAGCAGUCGCGUAUGGAAAAACAUGGACGCUAACAAAAAGAGAAGUGAAUAAAUUGCUGGUGUGGGAACGUAAAAUCCUUCGAAUGAUUUAUGGCCCUUGCAUAGACAGCGUGACAAACGAAUGGAGGCGCAGAUACAAUAACGAGCUAGAGUCUCUAUUCGGAAAAGAAAAUCUAGUCAGAUAUAUAAAGGCCAAUAGACUCAGAUGGACAGGGCAUGUGAUACGCAGUAACGACAAUCGCCUUAUAAACAAUGUGUUCUGGGAAAGGCCAGAUAGAAGAAGGUCCGUAGGGCGGCCUAGAAAAAGGUGGAAAGAUGCAGUCAAAGAACAUCUAGAGAAAAUGGGAGUGCGACAAUGGGAAUUAGUGGCACAGGACCGACAAACAUGGAAGGCAAUAGUAAACGCGGCAAAGACUCACAAAGAGUUGCAGCGCCAUUGAUGAUGACGAUGAUGAUGAUGGUAGCUUACUCCAUCUGUGCAACGUAUAUACGUAUACGCACAUCGACCAUGUUGAGUUCUGAUGCGGUUAAGUGUGCACCAGGUCUUACGUGGUACGUCAAGUCCAGGAGGUGUCCUAGGUAACAAUUUUGCAAGCUUUCCGAUCCAAAACUUUGCACAUGAUAUCUGAAGCCACUUGGUACAUGAGCAAUGUAACCAUCCACAAUGACCUAGGAGUAUCAACCGUAAAAAAUGAUAUAUUAGUCCACUUCAAUAAGGCCAAAAAUUCGUAAUUCAAGGCACUUCAACCAUUUUAUUAGUGAAGUAUAUCAGUCACUAAUGGAGGAACGGCGACUGAAGAGGUCUUGUUCAGAAGACCUAGUUACGUAGUUAAAAAUGGACAACUGUCAAGAUUGUCAAGAUGUGAACUGCGAGUAUUUUGAACAUUUGAAAUGAUUUUUUCAAAUUAUUAUUCUCAUUGGUCUUAGAAAAUAAAUGCAUCUAUUCUUUAACUUAAAGUGAUUUAUUUCUCAUUUUAAGACUUUCCACCAAAACCAAACAAGAUCUUUUAAGAUCUACAAAAAUAUACAGAGUAUCCCAUAUAAAUUAAAUAAGUUGAGAAUAUUUCCAGUGAAACCGAAGGUUAGUAAACGAAAUUAGAGCUUUAAUAAGUUAUAGCUGAAAUGUUUAAAAAUAAUUAAUUUUUUUGUACUAAGGCAUAAACAAAAAGUUACGUAUUUUAUGUCUGGCUAUGAUGAGCUACUCGUAUCGAGAAAUAAAUAAUAUAAAAGUGUUUUAAAAGUUUAGUGUACUUAUUGUCAAGCUCUUAACAAAUGGAUUCACUUAUCAAAAAAAAAUCUUGUUGAAAACUAAAUGACUAUGUUAAAAUCUAUUUAUAGUUAUAAAAAUAUCGUUUUUAAAUCUAAGAAAGAAUGAGCAUUUGAUUCUCUUUAAUUAGUUUAUAAUGAAAUUGGAAAAUAUUUGAAAAUAAUCCACACGGUGUCUAUAUAUGUAAGUAUCAUGUUUCUUUGCAUCAUACUUCGUAAAAGGUUCAACCAAAAUGUAAAAAAUAUAAUUAACUGUAGGUCUGACUAAAAUAUUAUUUGAUAAAUAACGACGUCAUUUCAAAGUCAUUUAAAUAUAAUAUAUUUCCCUAGGGCGUUAUUUUUAAAAAUAACACCCUAUGGCCUAUUAAAUUUAAAUAACUAGUUAAAUACUGUAAAGUUGACAAAUAAUAACAACCUAAGUAAAACUAUGGUUACCACAUUUACGUUACGACUAUUGCUGGUAAAUGUACUUAUUUGAAAACUAAUUAAUUCAAAAUUCUUUCAAAUUUUUUGCAUAUAAAGAAUAUUUAGUCGGACAUUAAACGUUGAAGGCACCACGGGUAUUAUGGAUAAUAACGCUUUCGGUAAACGUAUAUCCCUCGGGUCAAAAGCCCUCGAGAUACACACCAUUGACCUCAAUCGUUAUUAUCCUUAUAAUACCCUUUGUACCAACUAUAAAUAAUUACUCAAUAAUAAUAAAUAAAUGUGAUUAAAUAUGGAUGAAUACGAUUAAAUUUAAUAUUUGCAAUAUUAAAUUAUAAAGUAUAAAUCAAAAUAAUUACUAACUUAGGAGCUUUUUUUUUUUCAAGGACAAUCAUAAGAUAUAUUCUAAUAUUCUAGUAUAUAGUAUUUAUAUUCUCUUUGGUGGGGAUAUUCAAAAGUAGGUAUACAAAUAUGUCUCGGUUUUUACAUAAUUUUUCAAAAUAAGACAAUUAAUAAAUAAAAUAAUACAAUAACUGAAAUAUUUUUUAUAAAAAUAUUUUAAAAUAAAAAUCUUCAAUAAUAUCUACCAAUUUUAUUAUAUUCUUUUUCAUAUACUCUUAUAUAUUCAAAAUGUUUUUGCAAAAAUAAUUAUGACAUUAAACAUUAUAAAAACACUGUAAAAUUACGACAUAAUGUAAAAGCUAAAAUACAGAUCAAAUUUUACUGAUUUUAUUUUAAAUAUUUGAAAGAAAUUCUUAUAUUUCACUGAUUAUUUUGGCAACAAGCAUUAUUGAUUCAUAUUUUUAAGUAUUUGUGACAGUGUAUAGAAAUUUAUUUUGUUUUACCAUUCGUAAUAUUCAUAAAAAUGUUCUUUUUUGUUCAUUAUACAAAAUUCAUCAAGAUAUGCCUACUAUCCUUCACAAAGUUUUUGAAAGUGUAUAAACACAGAGAACAAAAAAAGAGGAAAUAUUUGGGUGAUUUCAAAGCUUAGAAUUCUAAUGUGCCAUGUCACAAAACUUACAAUUCUCUAGUGAAAACAAUUUAAUUGGCUAAGAGAUGAAAAAUAUUUAUUUCUUACACUGUCGUAAAUAUUAAUAAUUUCUUUAAGAAUUUCCAAAUUGUGACGAUAAUAUAAUCUUAUCGUCUCGAGUACCCCUAUGCAUCCAACAAAACAUUCUCUUAUACCGUCUCUGACAAUAUAAAAGACCGAACAGAAAUCCAAUAGCGAUUCUCUGUGGUCUCUGAGGUUAUAACAGUGUCCCUGCUUGGCCACCACUCUCGGAGAAUAGUGUAUUGCAAGCAAGCAAGCAAUUUGAUUCAACCCCACCUUUGGGAGAUGUCCACCUUAUCGAAAAAGUACAUUCGGGUGUAACAAUUCAUUGGGGCGAGGUGUUUUCACCCUCGUAAAAACAGGGAUCACCCCACCUCGCUCCAAUGCCCCAGGCCAUCCCUUUCUCCCCCAUAGCACGCUGAUGCACGAUGGGGGCACAACUAUCAGCCAAAUGCUCUUCACAAUGGAAUCCUGGGUAAUAAGAUUCCAUGUGGUGUCCUAAUCGAGUACAAAAACUAGGCCAGCGUGAAGCGCUCUAUGCCUUUAUCUUCUAAUUACUUAACCGCGGUACUAAAAUUGCUUGCUUGGGCCCCAAGUCAUUGUACCAAGCCCCAUUGAGCUCGGUCCAAUGGCUUGGAACUCAAGAAUUUUAUGUUUUUUGUAUUUUUAUGUUCUUUUUGGUGGCUUACGCCUUUUUUUGUUUUUUUUUCUAUUUUUUUGUUGGCUUGCGCCUUUUCCUUUAUUUUCUUACUGGCUGACUUUACCUGGUCGUGAUGUUGGACCUACUCGUGUUUCUUCGGCACUUGGUGUUUCGAGCUACGAACUAUCUACUACUUUUACUUUUUCCUUUACUUAGUCACUCAUUGUUUGCUUAAUCCACUAUUUGCUGUUUAGGCCGUUUGUGCUUCCAUCGGUGGAAAGCGUCAUACCCUAGCAUCUCUCGCAGUAUGUGACUUGGGUGGUACUCCAGCUCCGCGAAUUUGACUCUUGCCUUAUCUGUCAUCAUUUCGGUGACUCUCACCUGUUGAAGUUCUCUGAACAGGAAUCUUUCUGCUACAUAUCUAGGGACUCUGGCUGCUUCUCUUAGGCUGCUGUUGUGGACCGCUUGUAUCUUCUUUUUGUGGGUGUUGCAUACUUGUCCCCAUGCGAGAGAUGCGUAUGUUAAUACCGGUAAUAUUAUGCUAUUUAUUAGUCUUAACCUCGUUUUUAGUCUUAAUUUACUUUUACUUCCUGUGAGUCCUCUUAAUGUUGCUCUCGCCAUGUUGGCCUUCUGGACUGUGGCUUCUACGUGUUUUUGGAAGGUUAAUCCUUUGUCCAUGAUGACUCCCAGGUAUUUCAUUUUUCCACUCGAUGGGGUUGUUCUGCAACGUCAGCUGUUCUUCUGGCUGUUGUCUUCCUUUCUUAUAUAGUCCCGCUUGCGUCUUUUCGGAGUUGAUGGCUAUCUUCCAUUUUAUACACCAUUCCUCGAUGUCUUCUAACGCUGUUUGCAGGUUGGUCACUGCUAUGUCUACGUUUCUGUGUUUGGCCGCUAUCGCUGUAUCGUCGGCGUAGAGGCUCAUUAGGUUACCUGGUGUUCUAGGUACGUCAGCGGUGUAUAUUGUGUACAGUAGAGGUGACAGGACCGCUCCCUGUGGCACUCCGGCCUCCGGGCUUCCGAGCUCGGACAGGACUUGUCCUAUCCGAACCCUGAAGCUCCGGCCGCCUAAGUACGAGGAGAUCAGCCUCGUCAUCGCUCCGCUGUACCCAUAACCUCGCAUUUUGUAUAUGAGCCCCUUGUGCCAUACUCUGUCGAAUGCUUUGCUUACGUCCAGGAAUGCUGCUCCAGUGUACUGCUUGUCGUUGAAUCCAGCUGCUAUGUUCUCAGUUAAUCUGAGUACUUGUAGCUCGCUGGAGUGCUCUGGUCUGAAUCCGAAUUGAGCUUCUGGGAUUAUUUCUAAUCUGUUUGUUUCCGUUUGCAGUCUGCUGAGAAUAAUUCUUUCCACUAUCUUGCUAAUCGCUGGGAGUAAGCUGAUUGGCCUGUAGUUCUGCGGGAAUGUGUGGUUCUUGCCAGGUUUUGGGAUCAUGAUGACAUGGGCCUCUUUCCAUCUGUUCGGGAAUAUUUUGUAUCUUAAUAUCGCGUUCACUAUGUUUGUAAAGUACACUAUAGCUCUUAUAGGCAAAUACUUUAGGGCUCUAUUUGUUAUUUCGUUUAGAUCAGGCGCUUUUCUCGGUGAACUGUUUAUAGUGUAUUCCUCAACGCGAAAGUAAUAUAUAAGGAAGAAAACAUCUGACUCAUCGUGUUAGAUGGCGAGAUAAGGAUAACUACGUUCAGCACACAUAGUAGUUGGGUAGGAUAGGGAUUUAUCGACUUCGCUCAACUCACCAAAUCGACGGGCUUCGGAAUACGUUCGGAAUACAAUCCCUAAUGGAUUUCUGUUUGGUCUUUUAUACUGUUAGAGACGGUUAAGAACAUGUUUCGUUGAAUACAUAGGUGGACUCUAGACGAAAAAAGUAUAUUAACGUCACAAAAUAUACUCAUAACAAACACCCAAUCACAUCAUUGACCAUUUAUAGCAACUACAAAUGUCGAUUAUUGUUGUUUAUCAAUCACAAAUAUUUUAUGAAUUGUUGUGACGUCCUAGUUCCCACAAAUAAGUGUAUUGUAAACGUUAAGGUAAAUUGAGUUGGUACCCUAAUAGCGUCUUAAUAUUCUUGAUGUUAUGUAAUUAACAUCAUCUAAAUCAACAUUAUAAUUGGCUAUUGGGGUAUCGGUCGUUUAAAAUUAUCUACCAAUAAGCCCAAAACUUCUUGCCUUUCACGUAACUUUUCCUUUCUUCACUCUUAAAAGGCGCAGCAGUGGUAUAUUAAAUGGUAACUAAUUGAUAUUAACUUUGUGUUGUAGAUUAUAAUAUAUGUACCUCGAAGUGGUUUAAGAUGACUCAUAAAUAUUAAAUCUACCCUUUAGUUCUUUUAUUAUUUUUUAAGGGAUACCUAGGCGUAAGGUUAUAGCUGACUUCCACCAUAGUGAUUGAUAUACAUACAUACAAGUACCUAAAACUGCAAACAAAACUAUCACAAAGAAGAGUACGGCAUACUGUACAAUGAUUUCCAACUAUUGCAAGAAAAGACAGUCAUAUACCAAAGCUGUUUUUUCUGGAAUGCCAAGUGAAAACUUUUUGCCUUCAACUUACACAACCGGAUCAUAUAUUUACAAUUUGAAAUUGCAUACUGAAGGAAACACUAUAGCGAUAAAACUACCUAAAAACUAUAUACACUGUAUACUAUAUCAGUCUGGUCCAACGAAAAUUUGACCCCCUCACAAACUCAGAAACCAAGAGCUUCUUCAAAAUUUAAAAAAACACGUAAAUUUUUAAUGAAAUGGGGACGAAUUUUCAUGCAAAAUUCAUGCCCUCAAAUGGAACCCCCUACUGCCCCGCAUCGACCACUACUUUUUUAAAUAGCAAGUGUGGUCUAGUGGCACAUGAUUUGAAAGGUAAUUUUUUCCUCUAAACGACGCUCUAUUUUUUUUUAAUUUGCAUAAUAAGUUUGAAAAUAAAUUUUGGACUUAACAAAUUUAUUAACAAUUAGUUAAAUCCAAAAUUAUCUUUAGGGUUAUUCCGCAAAUUAAAAAAAAAUUAGAGGGUCCUGUAGAGAAAACAAAUACCUUUCAAAUGAUGUGCCACUCGACUUCACUUUCUAUUAAAAAAACUGGAGGGCUGAUGCGGGGCAGGGAAAGAGGGACGAAUUUUGCAUGAAAAUUUGUCCCUCUUUCAAUACAAAUUGACAUGUUUUUUUGAAUUCUGAAGAAACUCUUGGUUUCUGAGUUACUGGGGGUGGGGUCAAAUUUUCGUUGGAACACUCACUCAUAUGUAACGGGUAGUUCUUAGUAAAUUAAAAAAUACUCCACACGAACAAAUAAUAAAAAAAUGUCAAGAUUUACACACAAUCCUAUGAGUGGGUGAGAGCAGUGACUUUCAACCUUACAAAUUCUACGAAGAAUUACAAAUAAUGAUCCCUAAUUUACCUAACUUUAUAACACACGUGAAACAAUUGCUCCAAUACAUUGCAGAUAAUAACUUAAAGAAAUAUACCCAAACAUUUACAUCGUCAUUAGAAUAUUAUUAACAACACCGAUUAGUACAGCCUCCGUUAAAGGAGCUUCUCGAAAUUAAAACUCAUUAAGAAUUAUUUAAGGAGUAUCUACGAUGUCGUAGGAAAGACUUUAUGCGGUCGCAAUUUUGUCUUUCGAGGCUGAUAUAGCAUCAAAGCUAGACUACGAGCACGUAAUUAAACAAUUCAGCAGUGUAAAAAGUAGAAAAUGUCUGUUCCUCUAAUGCAUAUUUAAAUUAAACUGUUUUUUAACGUUGAUUGGUCUUAAUAACUUGAGUAUUUUUAGGUUUGUUGUAAGUUUGACUAGAUUUUGCAUGAAUAAAAGUUUAAUAAUGAAAAUGACACAUUUUUAUGCGCGAGCGGGGGUCUCGCAAAAUGUAUCUUGCCCACAUAAAAUUAUGAUCUUGCGCCACAACUGCUUGGUCCCAUCGGAGAGGUGGCAAUUAGUGGGAGUGCGUUGGUAUCAAUAUGCGUGCUGCUGUUCUCUUCUGACCAGUGUUACCAGAUCUCCUGUUUUAGCAGGAGAUCUACUGUUUUCAUACUUCUUCUCCUGUUCUUCUGUUUUCAAUCUCAAAUCUUCUGUUAAAUUUUCCACUAGAAUAUGGUAUGUUGGUAUUAAAUUUGAGAGAUUAUCUAGCGUUAUCAGACAAUAAGUUUAAACAUUUGUGAAACCUGAAUUUAAAAUGUAGUUAAAUUGAACAAAAUAACUAUCUUAUGGCUAUUUUUCAAGGCCAUUAAUUAUUUAAUUAAUUAAGCAGUAAUUAAUAGAAGUGAAGCAAGACGACCCAUCACUGGUUUCUGACUGAUUCGCAUGCGCAGUUCCGUUUUCAAGCGCUUGAAAACGGAACUACGCAUGCGAAUCAGUCAGAAACUAGUCAAAAAAAAUGGACUGUCUUGCUUCACUUCUAUUAAUUACUGCUUAAUUAAUUAAAUAAUUAAUUACUUAAUUAAUGGUCUUGAAAAAUAGCCAUAAGAUAGUUAUUUUGUUCAAUUUAACUACAUUUUAUUGUUUUAUUCGAAAUUAUUAAAAUCUCCUGUUUUCUCCUGUUUUUUUAUGUCCUAUUCUACUGUUACGAAAAAUUUUCAUCUGGCAACACUGCUUCUGACGAGCUGUUGAAUGCCGGGCGGAAGGAUAUCGUUUUGCUGGGGCCCACAGUAACGUCUAAUGCCGUUAAUUAACUCGUUAUUUGACUAACGCGUUAGGUGUAGCCAUGACUUAGCGCACCAAUUUGUUAAUGCCGUUAAACGUUAGGCGAUAUAUCGGGUGUCGGUUUCUUUCGACACUACAAAGGAGUUACUCCGUUACUUAUCGCGUUGUUGUGGCUACACUUGCACUGUUUCAACAAGUUCUAGCUUGCAGCGCAGCAGAUUAAUUUGUUUUGUGAAAUAGGUACAUACUAUUCUACGAAAAUGUAGUGGAGUAAUGAGAAAAUAAUUGAAUUUUUAACAGUGUUUGAAACAGAACCUUGUUUAUGAGAUCCCCGACAAAAAUCACAUAAAAAUCGUGGGGUUCAUGAUGACGCUUGGCGUCGAAUUGUGCAAUCAUUAUCUUUUCCAGCGACGGUAGAAUAUUUGAAAAAGAAAAAAGACACACUUAUGGGAUACUAUAAGACCUAUUUAAAUAAAUAUAAAAAAUCGUUAAAAUCUGGCAUGUGAACGAAUAAGGUAUAUAAAACAAGCUGGUUUGCAUUUGAUCUCAUUGCCGUAUUCGUUUUCUGUGCAUUUUUAUCAUCCACCAUCUUCUUUUGAGUCUUGGUUUUUGCUUGAUCCGUUUAUAAAAUAAUAAAUUCAUAAAAUAAUAACUAGCACUCAUAAAAUAUAACAGCGUAGCAGCUUCGACUUCAAUCUUGAAAUUAUUGGAUUAAAAAACGCGUUUUCUGCUAACUACGCGCUAAAAUAAGUGUGGCCAGUCACUUUAACGCGCAGUUUAUUCCAUCAUUGUUGGUGUGUUAAUUAAUACGAUAAUGGACGUUAGACGUUAACGUUACUGUGGCCCCAGCAUUACACAUACUCGGUGGCAUAAGGGAAAAUUGUGUAAGUUAUACAAUGCAAGUAAGUGGUAAAAAGAAUGGAGAAAAAACGUAAGGGAAUCUCCAAGCACCAGCAUAGUGCGUGAAAAUAUGCCACUUAAAAGAAUCAAAGCAAUGCUCCAGUUAAACAAAAAAAAAACAAAAAUCAGAUCCUAUAGUAAGAAGAAAUAAAUUUUUAAAAAACUCAAAUGGGAGUAUAGUAAAUUUAAAAAUUUAUUUUAAGGGUUCACUUAUGUCAUAAACUAAAAAUUGUAAAUGCCCAAAAUAACAUACAGGGCGAGUCAUGAGGAACUGUACAUCUUCUUCUUCUUCAAGUGCGCUGUCGGUUGCGAGCGUUGGCUAUUAACAUGGCAAUUCUGAUCUUGCUUGCGGCACUUCUGAAUAGUUCGACUGAUGUGAGCCCGAACCACUCCGUAUAUUAUUAACCUAUGGCAGACACGUUUUAAUGGACAUUUGCCUUAACAUUCAUCACAAGAUUCUCCAUACCAGGUACAGUUUCCACGACUUAUACUUUAUAUUUCUUUCUAUUCUAAUUUUAUAUUAAAUUGUCCAAUUGUUUAACAAUUAAAAUUUUGGUUAGUAAUAAAAAUUUGAUCAUUUUAAACCAUUUCAUUCUUGAUGUAACUAUAUGUCGAUAUAUUUAAAACCGCUUAUAAAAAUGGAUAAACGUAAAAAUGACUUUCAUAAUUAUUAAAAAAAAUAGUUUUAAAAGUCAUAUUUUAAUUAGGUACCAGUAUUUUUGUAUUUAUGUGCAAACUAACUGUAAAGAAGUGUGUAUACAGAGCGUAUAUUUUAAAUAAGGUAGGUAUUGAAUGUACCCACAAUAAUUAUAAAUACUCUUUUUGGGCAUCGUAUACAACAUAUUAUGACUUUUGUUUUUAUACAGUUAAUUUUAUACUUCAUUUCAUAUAUUAGCUCAUAGCUCAAAUACCAAUAAAACUUCAAUAUGGUUUUGAGAGUUAAGAUUUGUGAAAGCAAUGAAAAAGCGGACCAGAUGAUCACCAAAAAUUGAAGUGAAUCGAAGAAACUUAGGCAAAAAGUUUUAUUGCAGUAGUUAACGUCGAGAUACAAUAGUUUUGAUGAGACAUUGAAAAGCUUCAACACAGUUAAUACAAUAAAGCAGGUCCUAAAGACCGCCAGUUGCAAUUAAAGAAAAUGAAAUCAAUCAAUUAAAAUAAGAAAUAAUAAUGUUUGAUGGUAUUUUUUUAAAUCAGGUAGAAUAUUUCCAGUGUCUAGCACAUGGUCCUGCAAUCUUGUUACCAAACUCUUAAACUUUUAGUCGGCAGAACCGCGAAUGUCUUCUGAAAAUGCCAAAUGAUGGUGAAGCUGUUCAACCUUUUGAGGAAUAUUCAACAAAGUUGAAACAAAAUAAACGAUGAACUACCCCAUCUAAUUGAAAUAAUAUUCUAAAAUAUUACCUCGAUCAUCUAAGAUAGCCAUCGCUACACCAUCAGCUUAGCUCAGUCAUUCAGCUGUGUGUUCGUCUUGUUCUAAUCUUAGAUAUAAACUCUGAAAAUUUAGAAUGGAAGCAAACAAAACAAUAGUUUUAACUAAUCAAGUUUAUUGUUCAUAAAAAUAUAAUAAAAAUAUGACUUAGUAAACUGCAUUAACAAAUAUAUUCAAAUUCUUGCCAAAAACUAACAAUUCUGGAUUAUACUUAUGACUUUUGGUAUCUGGUGGUAACUUCUUGAUGUCGUAUGGUACUGCUGUAGAUUUCUUGUAGGCUUGGGCGGAUCUUCGGCCCUAGGCCCCUGCAGCUGAAGGUGGUAGUUGUUGCAGCCUAGAUUUCAUGGUCCCAUUGUUGUCAGCCUUAGUGUCAUCGCCGACGAUAGGCUUUUUUGAAGCUCCCAGAGGGAGGACGGUGAUCUUAUCCAAAAACUGUAACAGUAAAACACAUAUCAACAAUCAAGAAGAAAAACCAAAAUGUACCUUUGCCAAAUAGUAUUCAGAAACUAGUAGAUGGCAAGGGUAAAUUAAAUGGAAUUUAGAUGAGGAGAAUAGUUAAAAUUUUGAUUACUAAACGUGCAUACAUGUAAAUUAAAAAGAUAUAUUUAAAACUAAAAUAUCAGAACACAUGAUCUGACAUUGAAGGUUAGAUAUAAAAAAUAUUAGAAAAACUGUUAGAUGGAGAAAUGUAAUUAAUAUGAUAAGAAUAAGAACUCACCCCAAGAGAAUGAAAGUCUGGAAAUGGAUAGUGCCUUAUGGGCCCAUCUCUUUAAAUAUAUUGAUUUUUCCCUUCCAUUUUGAUUUUGUGUCAGCGAGUAGGGAUGAAGUGUCAUUUUCAUUACAGUGCGACGUAGGCAGUGGCGGGCAUGAUCCGUAUUAAAAAACAGAUACUUACAGAGUAAGAAUGUAUGGGGUACGUUCAGUAUGUUCAAUCCAUGAUUUAAAUGAAAGAUGAAAAGAAAUAUAUUAAAUAGAAGAUAAUUAAAGAGGGUAAUAAAAUGGGAUAAUAAAAGAGGAUAAUAAAAGAGGGCGCCAACGAGUUUUUAACGAAGAAAACUGGUAAAACAAAUAGAAGAAAAUUAUUGUUAAUAAAAUAAAGAAAAUAAAAUAAAAUAAUUAUUUAAAAAUAAAAUAUCAAAGAUAUGACGUUUGUAACGUUACAAAGUAAUGAGACUCUCAUUAAAAUGAUGCCUUGUAGGUACCUACUUUUCAUCUCAAUGUUCAAUAUCCCUGAUGCGACAGUAGCGGCAUGUGAGAAAGAAAUUGUUUGAACUCGUAUCAGAACUGUCAUAGAUUAACUACGAUACCAAAAGAGUUUUCCCAAAAUGCUUUGUAUGUUAAAAAUUCAUUUCUUUGAAAGUAAAACUAUUUUGUAUUAAAAUGUGACAAUUCUUAUCUGAGGCAUACGGCUAACAACUAUUCUUCACUGUCAAUAGAUUUCUGAGUAUUGUAUUCUAUGCCAACUAUCAUCUUGAAUUAAAACAUGAGCUUCCUCGAACUGUCUUAGGCUGAGGUGAAACGUUUUUUCAAACUUUGUAAGGAGCUUCAAUAAAAAAUUUGAGUUCUCCAUGGUUCCCUCUUCUUUGCAAAUACAAAUUUUUCUCCUUUUUUGGCUCUGUUUUUGGAUUGAUUCAAAAAACCACAUUUUGCAGUAGUCAGGUUACAUUUCAAGGUUUGAGAAGUUACAUUGAAACCUGAGAGGUUUCAAGUUAGACAUUCUGAAUAUUUAAAAUAUACGCUCUGUAUAUUAUGAUCGGUGUCAUUUUAUCGUAUAACUCUCAUACUUAAAAAUUAAAAGGGAGCUUCUGAUUAUUCUUGUAACAGACUGAACCAAAGAAUGUAAAAUUUAGGCUUCUCUAUCUUAUAUAAAUUAUUUUAUACGAUUGAUAAGACUGUAAAAUAAUAUUGCAUGUAUAAUAUGUAAAUUAAAUAACGAGUAAAACCUAAAAAAAUAAACUAUAGGGGAAAAGUUAUACCUACAUAAUUGAUUUCUUACUUUUCAUACAUUUAAAUAAAUGGGGAAUAUUAAAUAAAGUAAUUUACCUCUUUUUAUUUGAAUUUCUUUACAAAAUGAUGAGUACGCUAAAAACCGGCAAAAUAACGCAAAAGAUAGAAAACAUAUUAAGUUCUGAGAUAAUACGAGAUAAAGCUAGUUCUAAUACGUGGCUAGUUGACUUUAGUCAUAAAUUAUACAUAUGACGUCGAAAAACAUUAUUUUUUAAUUUCUCAUGUUAGAACAAAUUAUUUAAAUAGAUUAAGAGAGGUGCUAAUAAAAAACAUUAAUAAGUAGCCAUUUUAAUUAUAAUCAAAUUAAUUAUAAAAAUAACUCAACUAAAAUAUUUUACUAAACUACGUACCAAACGUCAUACGUAUGAGUGAAGGCAACUAGAUCUUAAGGAGGGGGUAUGGUUUGAAAUCAACAUAUCAAGCACAUUUUUGUGAAUUUUUUCGAAGCUAUGGUAGAAUUAUUUUAUUUUUAAAUAAAAUAAACAUAUUAAGUAAAAUUCAAAGAAUAUUUAAGAAAAAAAUUAAUCCAAAAAAUAUUGAAAAAUAAGCUAUUGGUGACAAAUUUUAGCAGGCAGCUAAAAAAAAUGGAUUUUGCGGUGGACAUCAGAACUAAUCACUGGAUCAUACGAAACAAAAAAUUCCAAAAGAUUUAAAUUAGCCUAUGAGUUUCACGAGGUAACAACAUCGAGUUUUUUUAUUUUUCAAAAUCAUAUCACUCAGAAGUCAAAAAUACGAAAUUUUUGAUAAACAUUUUGUGAAAACCAACAGAUUUAAUAUUGUUGAACAAAAAAUAAGCACAAAACGAAAAAUAUUUCGACGUUAUUACCUCACGAAAUGUCUAAAGAAAAUCUAUACAAAAUUUCAGGUAGAUCGGUCAAGUUGUUUUUCAGUUACAAUGUCCACCGCAUUUGAAAAACCAGUUUUGAGAAAAAUGCAUUUAAAAUUUUGACAACUGCAUCUUCAUCUUCUUAUUUGUCUGCCAAAUCGUAACGUGAUGAACAUUGGAAUAUGUUUUUUGAAUUGAGGAGUAAUUUUCAAAAGAGAAGGCGAACAGUUGUUUAACGUUUCUCACUACGCUCAAGCGUGCUGGCGCGAAGCCGCGGCAAAGCGGGUAGAAGGUAGGGAUAUUCAACACUCUGUAUCUCGGGUAAUUUUACUCCGAUCAAUCUGAAAUUUUCAGAGAGUAUUCUUUGAAAUUAUGCACUUUUAUUUGAAAUAAUAAAAAAAUUUAAAUAUUUCAAACCAUACCCCCCCUUAAGCAAACGUCUAAAGGUGGGAAAUUAUCAUGUAAUGUAAUGUAAAUUUAUAGGUUUCUAACAAUAAUUUCCCACCUCUACUAGUUUCAUCUCUUUUUAUUUCACAAGGUGUUAUGUUUUCCAUCUUUUACGUUAUUUUGCCUGUUUUUAGCGCACUCAUCACUGUAUAUUAAUAGUUAGUAUCACAAUUAUUAUUAUAUAUGCAAAUUAUUUUAACUUAGGUAAAGAACGUUCUUAGAUAUUUUCUACUUUGUCUACUACGGUCUUUAAUUUUUUACUAUUGGGCGACUUUUUAACAAAAUGUGUAUUUUGACAGAGUAUAUUACUAAAAAUGUGGGCUAUGAUGUUGUAAAAUAAAUAUAUUUAUGUUAAAUAAGAA